AUGGCAAGGCCCGCAUCGCAUCCCCUUCAUCCGCAUCACCACCACCAAUCCCAAUACUUCUCAUCUUCCCUUGGCAGCAGCAGCAGCAGCAGCAGCAGCAGCAGCAUGGCGCCCAGCUCGUCCACGCACUUGCCCGGGCCGUCGGGGCGGAGCCGCCACGCUUCGGCUCCAGCGGCCCCGCCACCGCCCAAACUCCAGCUCCGCUGGCACCGGGGCCUGGUCCGCUGGGUGGCGGUCCUGAUUGCCGGCGUGUGCGCCGUGGCCAUUGUCUGGGGCCGGCGCAAUGCCUGGAUUUCCGCCAUGACCGGCAACGCCGGCGGCAACAGCCAAUUCUACAGCACCUACGGCGGUGGCUAUGACCGGUAUGGCGGCAUGAACACCGAGGGCCGCUACAUGGUUCCCCAGCAGCAGCAGCACCAGCAGCCACCCCCGCCGGCGUAUCCCGGCGCCUCGUUCCAGCAGAUGGGCGGCGCCGGGGCCCCCGGCGGCUUUAGCGUCCAAUCCCAGCGGUCCCAGCCGCCAGCCUACACCCCGCCCAGCUACUCGGGCGAUGACCUCGAGCGCAUUGCCACCGAUCCGUAUGUCCGGUCCAGCCACUAUGUCAAGCAGUCCGACAUGCAGGCCGCCGCCGAGCACCAGCGGAUGCUGGCCCUGCAGAAGCAGCAGGAGGAAGAGCGCCAACUGCAGGAGCAGCAGCAGCAGCAGCAGCUCCUGGCCCAGCAGGAGGCCGAGCUUUUGGCCCAGCAGGCGGCUGCCGCCGCCGCCGCCGCCGCCACCGAGGCACCCACUGUGACGGCUGCCCCGCCACCGACGCCGCCGCCGACCUCCGAGCCGACGGCCACCGCCGCCCCGCCGACCACCAGCGACACCCCGGCCCCGGCAGCCACCGUGGCCGCCGAGCCCGAGGACGAGUAUGACGACGAGCAGCUGAUCCCCCCCUCGGGCGGCGGCCAGCGCGAGUGCCAUGAGGAUGAGGUCUGGGUGGAGAACUGCCGGUCCUGCAUGCCGCGCCCCGGCUCGGCCAAGGCCCUCAAGGCGCCGGAGAAGCUGCACUUCAUCCAUGUGCCCAAGUCGGCCGGCACCGCCUUCACGGUGCCCCUGCGCCGGGCGUUGGAUUGCGGCCCGCCGGGCCGCGGCUGCUGGGGCGAUCCGGCCUCCGUGGUCGAGGGCAAUGUCAACUGCGAUGGCCAGCUGGUGGGCUGCUACGGUCACACCGGCUUCACGCCGGACCCCAGCCGCUGGACCAUGAGCCUGCUGCGGCACCCGCUCGGCCGCCUGCGCAGUGCCUUCCACCAUGGCCGCCAUAUGGACGGCGCCGAGGAUGCCGAUAAGAUCGCCGCCCAGUCGACCACCACCGUCGAGCAGUAUGCCCGCUAUCCGGGCGUUCGCGGCUGCCAGACCAAGAUGCUUCUCGGCCAGCGUUGCGCCGCUCGCAAGCGCCUUACCACCGAGGAUGUCAACAAAGCCCGGGCCAACAUCGAUCAGCUGUUCUUCCUCGGGCUGACCGAGCACUACAACACCUCCAUCUGCAUGUUCUUCCUGCAGAUGGGCCAGAUCCCCAUCGACUCGGACUUCGCCUCGGUUCGCACCAACCCGGCCUACGAUCGCACCGCCCGCCUGCCAGUGGAGGCCGAGCGCAGCAUCCUCGAGACCGACAGCAUCGACCACAUCCUGUACACCCACGCGCGCAAGGAGUUCCGCCGGCGUGUGGAGGCCGCCGGCCUGACGGUCCUAGAGCCGGAGAGCACCUACUGGCGGGAUUACGGCAGCACCGGCGAGGCGCUGCUCGAGCGCGUUAGCUCCGGCCAGGCCAUGGCCACCUCGGCCGAGUGA